UUACUAUCAUUCACGCACACUGUCCCUCUCUUCUAAUUUCAGUUUCAUUUUCUUUGUUUUGCUGCUGUAGACCCAUUUCUUUUCUUCUUUUCUUCUCCACCUUAUUUCUCCCAAGCUACCGACCCACACUUCUCCAAUUUUCCCUUAAACUCUCCUUCAUUUCCUUUCUUGUUACAGCAACCGAACCCCAUCACCAUCUUCAACUUAUCCUUCCUCUCAUCACCACCGUACCUCCUCUCUCAAUGGAGCAAGCAACCACGAGACCACCAUCAAAAUGGUUUUAUCUUGUCCUUCAACGUGACCGCACCACCAAUCAUCACCAUGGCUGAUCCUUUCAUCCACACGAAGCUACACCACCACCUUUACUCCUUCUUCCUCUACUCCACGCAAGCACCACAACCACCGGGAGCAAGCCACCAAAGGCAGCCACCACCUCUAUUCUCUUCAACCUUUUCUCAUCUCAAUUUUGAGCUUUGAGUUAGAGUUCUCAAAUUUAUUUCUGGCUCUUGUGGCUUUCCGUGGACCGUGGUUUAAGUAAUUAAACUGGAAGAACACUAGAAACGUGGUCAUGGUUUCUUUCAGUUUUCUGCUUGUUCCUUUCUUCUUUUACGCCAUAAUGAGCACUAAAAUUGAAGCAUCCGGGAUAAAUGGAGCACAACCUUUUUCUUACCAUGACAAAGUGAUGGAGUUCUUAUGGAGUCAUCCAAGUUAUCAACAUGUUUGGCCAGAAAUAGAAUUUGGCUGGCAAAUCAUUGUUGGCACCUUGAUUGGAAUCAUUGGAGCAGCAUUUGGAAGCGUUGGGGGAGUUGGUGGUGGUGGAAUCUUUGUGCCAAUGCUGAUUUUGAUCAUUGGGUUUGAUCCAAAAUCAGCAGCUGCACUUUCAAAGUGUAUGAUUAUGGGUGCAGCAUUCUCAACUGUAUUCUUCAACUUGAAGUUAAAGCAUCCCACACUUGAUAUACCGAUUAUCGACUAUGAUUUGGUGCUGCUUAUUCAACCCAUGCUCAUGCUUGGCAUUAGCAUAGGAGUUGUUUUAAGUGUAAUGUUUGCAAAUUGGAUGGUCACUGUUCUCCUGAUCAUCCUCUGUCUGGGGACAUCAAUCAAGGCAUUCUUCAAGGGUGUUGAGACAUGGAAAAAGGAAACCAUUAUAAAAGAGGAGACUGUCAUGCUUUUGGAGUCUACAGCACCUUGCAGUGGGGAUGAGCAAUACAACCUUCUUCCUGGUAGUCCAGAUGGUGGGCCUCAAAAGAAGGGUAGAAAGCAUGAGGUGUCCAUUCUGGGCAACAUUUACUGGAAGCAGUUUGGACUUCUUUCUUUUGUCUGGCUUGCAUACCUUCUCUUACAGAUUGCUAAAACUUAUACAGCUACAUGUUCAACCACAUACUGGAUGAUUAUUUUGUUACAGAUACCAGUUUCUGUUGGGGUGUUUCUGUACAAAGCAAUAGGCCUAUAUCAGGGGUGGAGUGUGAUUUCUGCCAAAGGAGAUCAAGCCAUACAAUGGAAAUUGCACUAUCUAAUUCUAACAAGUGCUUGUGCUUUGCUUGCUGGAAUUAUUGGUGGUCUUCUUGGUAUAGGUGGUGGAUUUGUCAUGGGUCCUUUAUUUCUCGAACUUGGAAUUGCACCUCAGGUUGCAAGUGCCACAGCCACUUUUGGAAUGACAUUCUCAGCAUCUAUAUCUGUUGUACAAUAUUACCUCCUAAAUCGAUUUCCUGUGCCUUAUGCUCUCUACCUUACCCUCGUGGCAGCCAUUGCGGCAUACAGAGGACAAUUUAUCAUUGAUAAGCUCGUAAAUAUGUUUCAAAGAGCUUCUUUGAUCAUAUUUACCCUGGCCUUCACAAUAUUUGUUAGUGCAAUUGUACUGGGUGGAGAAGGCAUAUCAGACAUGAUUGGGCAGAUUCAAAGGAGUGAAUACAUGGGAUUUGAGGACCUUUGCAAGUAUGAUGCUUAGAGUUUCCUAGCAGACAUGAUUGGGCAGUUUGAAAGGAAUGAUGCUUUAUUUAUUUAGUUGGACACAUUUUUAAUCAUUGAUGUUUACGGUUUACCUCAUGGACACCCCUAGGGGAUAUAUGAUUAGUUUUAUUGAAACUUGAUAUAAAACUCACCUUGUGCA